CCCACAAGGGCAAAGCAAAAUCUCUAGCAACCACAUGACCCAACCCAACAACCAUUGAAAUUGUCUCCUCUCUUUGCAUCUCUCUAUAUUUUUCUCAUCUCUUUUUCUUUCUUUCUAUUUCCGCUCUCUCUUCUUUUAUUCAAACGCUCUCUGUAAUCUAUUCUCAGCCUCGACGCCUAAUAAAAAACUGAAAUUCUCCUCUCCACUUUGUAAUCUUAAUCUCAAUCACGGAGUUUUCAGAUCUAUAUCUCCACUUAUCACGGAAUAAUGUCCUUUGCACGGAAUCAUCGUUCACACGGAGGAACGGGCCAUGAUGAUCGCUGGAACUCUUUGAAUGGGUACAAUUUCAACCAUGGAAAUAGGAACAUUGAUGCGAAUAGGAACACCAACUACAGCUACAAUUGGAAUCAUAGCAAUAUCCGAGACUACUCCUCGGGGAAAUUCAGGGACCAUGUUAAUGGUUAUGCUAACCCUCCCAGCGGUGCACCAGCUUUUAAAAGGAGAAAAUUUAGUGCGGAUACUUGGGGAGAUGGUGGGAGACACUAUCCUCAAUACAAUGCAUAUGAAUAUGCCGAUCUAUCUUACAACAAUUCAGUCCCUUUGCCAACUAGAUCCAAUGAUGAGGUCUCUACAUCUAUAAGUUGCAAACGUGAUUGUUCAAAACUGGAAGAAGAUGAACCAGUAUUCUUGUCAAAGGAUGAGAUUGAAAGACACUCCCCAUCUAGAAAAGAUGGAAUUGAUGCACUACGUGAAACGCAUCUGCGGUAUUCUUAUUGUGCUUUCCUUCAGAACCUCGGACUGCGGUUGGAGCUGCCGCAAACUACUAUUGGCACUGGCAUGGUUUUGUGCCACCGUUUCUUUGUUCGACGAUCACAUGCAUGCCAUGAUAGAUAUUUAAUUGCUGUUGCUGCACUUUUUCUCGCUGCAAAGUCUGAGGAGACGCCACGCCCUUUGAAUAAUGUCGUGAGAGUUUCUUGUGAGAUUUUCCACAAGCAGGAUAUUACUUUCUUGUCAUACCUGCUCCCUGUUGACUGGUUUGAACAGUACCGGGAGCGAGUGAUCGAGGCUGAGCAAAUGAUUCUGACAACCCUAAAUUUUGAAAUCAAUGUGCAGCAUCCAUAUGGUCCUCUGACAACCAUCCUUGACAAAUUAGGUCUUUCACAAACUGUUUUGGUGAAUCUGGCUCAAAACUUGGUCGGUGAAGGGCUCCGGAGCUCAUUGUGGCUUCAGUUUAAGCCCCAUCACAUUGCCGCUGGUGCUGCCUUUCUUGCUGCCAAGUUUUUAAACUUUGAUCUUGCUUUUUACCAGAAUAUCUGGCGGGAGUUUGAAACAACACCAGCUAUUCUCCAAGAUGUAUCGCAGCAGCUGAUGGAGCUUUUCCAGUAAAAUAGCAUAAUUGCUAUAGCAUGGUUCACCCUCGAGGGUGAUGCACUUUGGGUGUUGUAAGUAUAAGCCAGGUCAGAAUAUGUGUUCGACAUGGUAACAAAGAUCAUCAGUACUGUUUAUUGUGUGAGAAUGUAGUGCAAGAGAGAUGAAAGGAGAUGCUCAUGACAAAAAGUUGCACUUGAAGUACAGGUCAAAUGGAUCUGCUGUUCGACUUGCAUGUGCUUACUGCAAGAGAGUCGGUAGAUCUAUAGUUCAAAAUGUAAGUACUUGCUGCAAAAUUGAACGACAAAUUAGCUUAAAGCCUAACCUUGGAGCGGUGUCCAUUUUCAAUUUAAUUUAUGCCUGAGGUUUCAAUAGAUGUGUGACAAAGCACUACCCUAUUUGGUUCCUUUCCUAGGUUCUUAUGCAUGAUGCCCAUCCAAGAUUGGAGUUGGUAAUGCAAAAUGAUAGUCUGUUAUGAAUCUUGGAAAAUGUCGGAUGAUUUACCUUUAUUACAACACCUAAGCUUGCCUGUC